UUUACAGAUCGCAAUAUUAUUCGCGCUAUAUACGUAUUACAAUUAUAUUACAUCUCUAUUAGCUAACGUAAUCUUAUUGAAGAUAAUUGUCCCGUAUGAUGACGUGUGUGAAAUAAACGAAUAUAUUAGUGCGGAUCAGUCGUCGAAUGAGUCAAAUGUGGACGAGUCGUCUGCUCGAUUCAAUUCCGAUUUUACAACAAUUGGCAGCGAGACAUCAACGUUCGAACAUAUAAAUCUGACAUUAACCGAAUAAGAUAAUAACGUACGACUUUCGCGAGAUACGUGAGAAAAUGGCAAACGGAAAAGAAGUUUUGUCGAUCAAAGAGAUGCAAGAUUAUUUGCGAACGUACGUUUUAAAAAAUACUAAGAUAACGUCUCCUAAAUUCUACAUAACAAACGGUAGCAACAACGGCGACAAUUACGUUGGCAUUGUGUAUCGCGUCACGAUCGAAGGUAUCGAAAACAGUGAAGCAAAAAACAUCGAGCUUAUCGUAAAGACCAGACGGAAAAUGAACGAAUGGGGAGAUAUAAAGGACAGAUCGUCGCGUCUAUUCCAACGUGAAAUACAAUUUUAUCAAGAGAUAGUGUCUAUUUUUCGGGAGGCCGUAAAAAACCACGGUGGAAAUAUCGUCCGUUUUCCGUUUUUUUACGGCGCCAAUAUCGAAUUCGGCAAAGAGUUGUUGAUAUUCGGAAAUCUUCAACCCGAAGGAUACGUAAUGACAAAAUCGAGAAUACUGGAUUAUCCGCACAUGUCUUUGGCGCUCCGAUGUUUGGGCGAAUUUCACGCGUACAGUUUCCUCACGCGUGUCUCGAAUCCGAUCGGUUUUGAAAAAUUAAAAUUGAAGGAACAUUUGUACGAAGAAGGAGACUCGUGGUUGUUUACCGAGCAACUACAAUCGUAUUUCGCGACGAUGCGUGAUAUUGUAAUAGAGGCAUUAGCGGACGAGGACAAACGUUAUGUUGAAAGAUAUCAACAAUGUAUCAACAAUUUGGAUGAAGCGAUAUAUGACGCGCUUGACGCGAAACACGCUGAACCUUACGCUGUUUUAAUACACGGCGACUUUUGGACUAACAAUCUGCUCUUCAAGUAUGACGAGGAUGAAAUGCCGUGCGAUGUGCGAUUUUUAGAUUUUCAAAUAAUUCGUUACGCAUCGCCCGCUAUAGAUAUACUUCACAUUCUCUACGCCUGUUGUGAGCCGGAAACAAGAAGUAAAUAUUACGAUCAACUGAUACGCGAAUAUUACGAUUCGCUGUCCGAUUGUCUGAAAAGUUUCGGUUACGAUCCCGACGAUUUGUUUCCUUACGACGUAUUGUCUCAACAGUUGAAGAAAUUCAGCAAAUAUGCUGCGGGUAUAAGUACUUUUAUGAUACCGAUAGUAUUCAAUGACGGAAAGGACAAAUCUCUACAGAACGUAUUCUCGCCAGAAGCACUCGAGGAAAGAUUAAAAACCAACAAUAAUUUUAAAACUCAUAUUAAACUGUCGUUUAAAGAUAUAGUCGACAGAAGUUAUGUAUAAAGUAGUUUUAAUCUGCACAUAAUUCAAUGUAAAAGAAAAUAUUUAUCACAGUAAAAGUCCAGUAAUUUCGAGCAUUUACAUUUUCGACUUCUUCCUUCUGGGCGAGCCAGCAGGAGAAAGAAAAUAAAUUUCAAAUUUUCGAA